AUGAACAGUACUGAUAAUAAUGACAAUAUUAAUGGUAAUGAUAAUAAUAAUAAUAGUAAUAGUAAUGAAGACUGGAAUUAUAAUUCAGCUUUUACAAAAGUUACAAAUUUUAAAGAAUCAUUAUCAAAAUCACCAAAACAAUCGUUAAAUCAUUUAAUAAUGAAGAAUGAAAAUGUAGAAAUUCGAAAAAAUUGUACAAGUACAAAUACAAUACAUAAUGAAAUCAAUACUGAUCCGAUUAGUGAUAAUACUGGGUACUUCAAAUCAUCUUCGGUAAUUUCAGAGGAUAAUGAAUCAACUAAUCAACAUCAAGGUGUAGAAGAAUUUCAACUACUGAAUCAGAAAACCGAUGAAUCAAUUCCUUCUUCAUCUCCUUACUUUAUCAAUAACUAUCCACUUUCUUGCUUUUCUCCAUCAUGUGAGGAAUUUCAUUAUCGUCUAGCUUACUUUUUAAUACGUGAUUUUCAUCCACCAAGAAUACUGGAGGAAGAAGGAUUCAAGAUAUUAAUUGGAAUAUUAUGGAAUAAAUUUCAAAGAAUCAAUAAUGAUAUAAAUUAUAAUAUUCAAUUUAAUUUUUUACCAUCAUCAAAAUUAAUGGAAAAUCAAAUAUUAAAUAAUCUAUAUAAUCAAUUAAAAUUUAAUAUUGAUAAUAAAAUAAAAAAAUUAAUGAUUUUACAACAAUCAAUAGAAAAUCAAUUAUUGAUUUUACCACAAAUCACUAUAUCAUUAAAAUAUUGGUCAUUGAAUUCAGUGAACAAGAAUCAAUUUAAUAAUGAUAAUUUAUUCUUUGAAUAUGUUGAUAUUGAAUUAAAUUUCUUUAUAAAUUCUCAAUAUAUUCCUAAAUGUAAUCAUAUUUUCUAUGGUACUUAUGAGAUAAAUAAAAUACAGACAUUAAAUGAAAUCUUAAAACCUUGUUGGAAUUUGAUUUAUUCACAAUUCAAAACAAACUACGAUUAUAUUUUAUCUGAAUGGCCUAUUAUUAUAUUGACUAAUUGUUUAGAAUAUACUUUAAAUGCAUUCAAAGAAUCUUGUCCAAUUUCUAAUUAUCUUAUAUUACCAUAUUUCAAUGUUUACAUGAAGAAUGCUGUACAGCGCGCAUUAUGUGUACCAAAAAUUAAUGAAGUUCUAACAAACUACCAGAAAUCACUUCAAACACUUGAUGAAAAUGUUCAACAGGUGGAGGACUUAUCUUCAGAAUCAAAUCUCAAAAGCCGAUCGAAUGAUCAAACCAGUAUAAAUGAAUCUUUAUCAGAUAUUUUGGAUUCAAUCACUCGUAUAAUUCCUAACAUGGAUCGAUUACCUCAUUUCACCGACGUAGACAUGAACCUUAUUAACCGAAUUUUUAAAUCGAUUGAAAUCGUACAAGAGAUUGAAAAACUAUGUAAAACCAAUUAUUCACAUUUUACUGUAUCAAUGAUAUUACCAAUAUUAAAAAAUUUAUAUUCAAUAAAUAUUGAAAAAAUAAAUGAUAAUUUAUCAAAUCAGUUUUAUACUACUAUAAUAACAUAUUUAAAAACAAUAUUUAAUGAGAAUAAUAUAUUAGAAGAAUUUCUUUAUAUUUCAACAUUUCUUGAUCCACGUUUUAAGAAUUCAAUGAAUCAAAAUGAUUAUGAACAUAUUCUACAUAGAUUACAAAUAAAAAUAUCAUUACUUGACGAUUAUGUUGAAAAAAUGGGAUUACAUCGUAAAAUGAGUUAUAUGGAUGAAUUUCAAUAUUCAAUUAAUGAUUAUUUAAAUGAAAAAUCAAUUAAUAUUAAUGAAAACCCAAUACAAUGGUGGAAUGAUCAAUGUGAUAAAUCAGAAAAAUAUUAUAUUUUCAAAAUUUUAGCUUUAUAUUAUUUAACUAUUCCAUUAAAUAUAUUAAAUAAUAAUAAUAAUAAUACAAAUAUAGAUGAUACCAAUAGUCCCCCUUCUGAUAUCAGUAGUCCCUCUUCUGAUAUCAGUAGUAAUUAUACUCAACAACAAAAUAUUAAUAAACUUAUAGAACAAUUUGAAAAUUGUUUUCAAAAUGAAAAUAAUUCAAUACAAAUUAAUAUGAGUAAAAUUAUUAAUGUUGAUAAUAAUAUAUUACAAGAUGAUCAUAUUUCUACUGUAAUAUCUACUGAUUAUUGUAAAUCUAAUCGUUCAUUAAAUUUAUGGACUAGAAUUGGAACUAAAUUUAUUCCAAUUUAUCGAUUUUUAAGAAAAAAUUGGAAAUUUUCUGAAAAUUUUGAGCAUACGGAUGAGGAUAUUAAUGUCUGAACUAAUCAACUGAAAAUAAUUCCAGCUUACUUAUCAAGAGUUAUUCACUUAUACAAUCAAAAUAAUAUUUGAAAAUAGAAUGUCUUUUAUUCUUUUCAAUGGAUGAAAAUCAAUUUCUAGUCUAUUCAAUCAUAAUUCUAAUAAUACAACAUAUAAUGGUCACAACUAAAUAUGAUUAUCAAAUCCAUGUGAAAAUUAUGGAAAUAAAAUCAUUGAGCAUCAACAAUAACAUAAAAAAGAAAAAAAAGGAAAAAAACAUCAAAAAUUUACGGCAUGAAAAAUCUACAAUAGAAAUUACAUGUCAUCAUCCACAUAGUUCUUCUUAAUACAAUUUUCUAGUUUUCAUUCAAUAAUUUAGUCUUUCCGAUAUUUUUCUUUUUCUUUUUUUCGUUGUU